AUGAAUCAUUCAUCCCGCUUCCACUACCGCAUGAACUGGGAUCCCCGGCUCCGCCACAUCUGCGAUCACCGUCUCCUGGCGGACAACGUUACUAUCGGGAAUGUGCACCUAUUAUAUGCCGCCGUCAUAGUCCUGAUAGUCCAUAUUCAUCUCCGCAAGUUCUCCGGCGUUCGAUCGAGCCAUAUGAAUGUCGUCGUGAUGCAGGAGAUAAUCACUUUCUUCGCCGGUGGCAGAAAUGGUAAGAUCUCGCUUACAUUCGGUCUUCGCUUGCUCAAUGGGUUGUGGCGCACAAGGGAUCAGUACAAUAAGGAGUGGGUUCUCGAUAUGUAUAGGCCCAGGUUCUCUCCGCCCGUUACUAUCGACGACUAUUUCUAUCUCAACAUCCGCACCGACAGCCACGGAGAGAAAAGUUCGCUUGUUUUCAGCAACUUCAGUCCAGUCCUAGACUCUUUUCUCCGAACUGUAUUCGUUGACGACAAACGCCUUGAAUACCCGAUCCAUCGACUGUUCCAAAAGAUAAAGGCGCUUCAGUCCAGAUUGGACGAUGCACGCAACAUCUUGGGUGGAGAGCAAGUCCCAGAAGACCUAACAUCCAAGGCCGAGCUUUUCGGGUUCAAUACGUCUUCUGGAUGCGAAGCAGCCGUUCAGUACCUUACUGAUCUCGUGACGCAUUUAGGGAAACUGUUGGAGGUCGUGGAAGCGGAAUGCAAGCAAACGGUCAAGCAAUUUGAAGAGUCGCUGUCUAACAACCAAAUUUCAUUCGACCUUCUUGAGUAUUACUACGAGGAAGGAGCGUGGUACACCUACAACUUUGGGAGUAACUUCAAAGACGUGGAUGUCGAGAGGCGGAUUAUCGUGGGAGCCUUGAAACGUGCGUGCUUCAGUGACGAGAAGGAGUCGCUGGCGCUCGAGAUAGAGUCUUUUGGUUGGGAUGGUGUGGGUUUCCAGAAGCGCACCGAUACGCUCGUUCAAGAGGCUUACCAGGGAACUCGAGAAAUAUCAUCCCUGUUUCUUCAACGCACGACAGAUGAAACGCUUGUUAAAGUGACUGAGCGUGGACGACUCUACCUCUCCUAUAGCAGAGUUUGGCAUGCGGUGUAUUACGACGAUACACGAACGCUGGACCCGUUAUGGUGCGGCGACAACACCGUACAACCACGCAUGAGACGGGUUAUGAUCGACCCAGUUGGAUUUCACCGAGCACAGUCAGGCCACAAUGCGAAUCUACGUAUGCCACUUCCUGACAACGUGGAGGAGUACGUCGCGCGCCUCCCAUACUCCAUUGGUGGGUAUGACCUCGAAGCACGAGAGUGGCGAACAUUCCGUAUGUGGGAUUUGAAGCCCGUUGAAUCUGAUCAAGAGGCGUGGAGAAAAUUGGUUAUGGACGAAAAUACCAAGGAUCUUAUUAGAGCACUAGUGGAUACGACCGGCCGUUCUUUAGGCCUCCCACAACCAGUGCAGCUCAGCAAAGGAAAAAAUGUCCUUCUCACUGGAUCGCUAGGUACUGGCAGAAUGACAGCCGUUCAUGCUGUCUGCAAUCUUUUUAAGAGACCUCUGCUUGCUAUCUCUGCUCGCGACUUUCCUGGCAACAAGCUGGAUCUAGUGCCGCACAUUGCUGGCUAUAUGUCGCUGGCAGCCACUUGGAAUGCGGUGAUCGUGGUGAAAGAUGCCGAUGUUUUCUUGAAGUCGGCGUUUCUACGUGAUAGGGAUAGUAUCAAUGCCGCUUUCCGCCAGUUCGAGUCGGAUGAUUGUAUCACUUUUUGGGUAACAACUAUUUGUGACAAAGACCUCCUGAGGUCAUUUACUGCUGUCGUUGAGUUCCCUGAGCUAGAUGCUGCAGCCCGUCGUCGUCUUUGGCUCAGCCACUUUGGUCGCGAUGAGCCUGCUAGAAUUUUAUCGAACAAUAGCGAGCGUACGCUUACCAGUUCCUCUUCCGGAGAUCAGAAGAAAGCAGACUACUUGGCGCACGUUCGCGAUAUCGAGAAGCUCUCGUGGUACCAGUUUGAUGGGAGGAUGAUUGAGAAUAUUAUGGUCUCCGCGCGAGCGUUGGCUGCCUCGAACCAAGAGCAUCUAUCCACCCACCACGUCAAAGUGGUUAUCAAGGCGCAGCGAUUGGAUAACCUUCCUUUAUGGCGCAAGCUAACCCAGUUUUUGACGCUUCCGGUGAAGGUUCUGCGCACGAGUGUGGUGAAUUGAACUCUUCGAUGAUAGUGCUAUGUUAUGUUCCUAACGUCCCUUGUGGUAUGAAACCCUAAAGGCCCGCGUCCGUACUUGCUCGUUUGUAGUACAAGAUGUAAAUGUACCCAUUGAUUCACUAACGACACGACGGGCCAUGAUAGCACUUCUCGGUACUAAGUAUUUUUUCGACAAUGACGGUGGCUUAAGACUGACGCGAAGUUGAUAUGGCUCAUUGCAGUGCCAUGGUGAUCGCAGUUAUUGCUCUGGUCAUACCUAGUCGACCACACGGUACAUGUCAUCGAUCGUUCGUCGAAGAACCGAUCACCAAUGUGCGAUGUGUGCCCGCCAUGUUCCAGUUCCACGAACUAGUACAGAAACUAGCUGGACGUUUAGGCCAUCAUAGUACUAGCUGUUGUAAUAGAGGUAUUAAUUCUACGACACUGCACAAUAAAUAGGUUGAUAGAAUCUACGAUGUGG